UGCGUUACCUCCUCAUCGAUCUCUUCCAUGGCUGCGGUGUUAUCUUUGUUGCUUGUAGUACUCAUUUCUCAUGCUCCCUCGGCCUUCCCUGCAACCACCCACGAAGCCACUACCGGGCUUCGAGUGGCAAUAACUCGCACCGAUUCCCCCAGCUCUUUCACGUUCAAGGAGCGGUUUCACCGGGCCGUGGAACGAAGCCGGCGGCGGAGGGAAGUCCUCAAGCUCGCCAAGAGCUCGAGACAUGACGUCGAGGCCGUGUUCAAGUGGGGGGACUCUGAGUACCUGAUAGAGCUCGCCGUCGGCACUCCGAUGCAGCCCAUCACCGCCAUCCUCGACACCGGCAGCGAUCUCAUAUGGACGCAGUGCAUGCCGUGCAUCCGGUGCCUGCCCCAACCCAGCCCUUACUACGACCCCUCCACCUCCUCCACCUACUCCGUGCUUCCCUGCUCCAGUCCCUCCUGCUCCGGCGUCCAACAUUUCUGCACCCAGGCUCUGUGCCAGUACUAUACAAGCUACGGGGACAACACCGUAACCAAUGGCUUCCUCUCGACCGAGACGCUCACCUUCGGCCGCAAGCGGGUUCCCGGCAUCACCUUCGGGUGCGGCAGUUGGAACAACGGCACCCUCUCCAACUCCACCGGCAUCGUGGGGCUGGGACGAGGCAGUCUGUCGCUACCAUCUCAGCUCCACCCUCGUAGAUUCUCUUACUGCCUCACUCCUGACAAUAGCACGAGCACCGGCCAUCUCUUCCUGGGUUCCAAGGCCAAACUGGGCCGACGACACCGAGGUGGUCGUGUCCAGACCACGCCGAUGCUACCGAGCCCUUCUGCUGUCCCAUUCAACACUUACUACUACCUCCCUAUACAAGGCAUAUCGCUCGGCCGCACCCUUCUUCCCAUCCCAAAGACCGCGUUCCAGAUCAAAAAAGACGGAAACGGCGGCAUGAUCAUCGACUCCGGCACCCAGUUCACCAUUGUGGAUCCGGCCGCGUUCCAUGUCAUAGUUAAAAAGAUCUCGUCCCUGGUGCACCUGCCGGUGGCCGAGUUGACGAACGAAUCACUUUGCUUCUCGUGGACGCCGGGGUUGCACCCGCUGCCGGAGAUGCCGGACAUGGUCUUCCAUUUCGACGGCGCCAACAUGGUGAUUCCCAGAGAUAAGUACAUGUUUUUGGAUCCCGACGACGGGUUCUGCUUGGCGAUCAUCGCCAUGGACGGCACGUCGAUCCUGGGCAACUACAUGCAGCAGAACAUGCACAUCCUCUACGAUCUGGAAGCCAACUCGCUGUCCUUUGCUGAUGCACGGUGCGACCAAAUCUGAGUCGCGGUCGGUCGAUGCUGCUACUCUCAUGCUUGCUUAGUCCACAAUAAGUGCGUACCGUCUGAUAUGACCAGCACGUCACUGAAUCUAUCUGAUGCAAUGCAAGUCUAUCUACGAAGUAUAAAUUAAGACAUUCCACGUGGUCGAAUGACUUUCUAUA